AUGCUCUCAUUGUCAACCGUGAGCAGGCGUUUACCAACAGCGUUUCAACAAUUCAAAAAGCUAAGUUCAUAUGCUGUCAAUGAUGGCGCACACCUUGGUGACGCUCUAGCUACUAGUGGAAUCGACACGGUGCCAUUGGCAUACGAUAAGCAUGAACCUUCGAAGAAGCCUGAAGUCGAAAAAUCCCCAUUGAUAUUCUUGCACGGGCUCUUUGGAUCCAAAACCAACACAAGAACGGUUGCUAAAACCCUUGCUCAGCGUCUAUCCCGUGAUGUUUAUUGCCUUGAUUUAAGAAACUUUGGCCAGUCUCCACAUUCAACUCGCCUUGACUACCCAUCGUUGGCUGCUGAUGUGGAGAGAUUCAUUGACGAGGCGGAACUACCUAAGAAACCCAUCUUGGUUGGUCACUCCAUGGGUGCUAAAGCCGUCAUGGCUGUAGCAUUGAGAAGACCAGAUACUCCGGAAAUGGUAGUUUCGGUGGACAAUGCUCCAGUAUUCAUACCCAGCACCUCCGAUGGAAAAUUCAGCAAGUACGUCAAGCACCUCAGACAGGCUCUAGAAGUGGAUCAAUACACCAGCAUCAAAGACGUGGAUGCCGAGUUGGCGAAGGUCGAGCCCGUUAAAGAGAUCAGACAGUUUCUUUUGACCAAUGUGGAUAGAGGUCAGAAGGACGAUAUCUGCAAGUCUCGUAUCCCCCUUGAUAUCAUCGACAAAGCCAUUGUCAGCGGAAACAUAGCGCUGUGGCCUUAUGACCCUACAUUAGCUCGUUGGAGCAGGGGCCCAGCUCUCUUCAUCAGAGGAACAGAGUCAAAGUAUGUCCCAGACGAUGUUUUCCAGGACAUCGGCCAGUACUUCCCCAACUUCGAGGUCAGAGAUGUCAAGGCUGGACACUGGUUGAUCAGUGAGAACCCAAAGGAAUUCAUGGACGUCUUGUGUGAAUUCAUCGAGAGAAAUGAGGACGAAUAG